AUGAGGGGCGAAUUCAGUGGGGCAGCCACACCCAAUGUGAAAGCGGACGGCGUCGAGAUGGAGUCAAUCUGCGUCGGCGCCUUCGCGAGCCCGACGCCCAAAGGAGGCGAUGAUAUGCCGUUCUCGCCGCGGUCCGAGAUCGAGUGCGCCACCGAGGCCGCGAAAUCGAUGGCGCAUACGGAAGCGGGAAACUACACGAUCGCGCCGGACAGGAGCCGCGCCGUGCAGAAUUGGGACGUGGCGAUAUGUGUAGCGUUAAUUUACACGGCUCUAGUGACGCCGGCGGAGGUCGGCUUCAUCCACGACCGGAACAAAAAGACAAUCCAGUACUACUGGGCCUUCUUCGCCUGCACGCAGAUUGUCAACUUAGUUUUCAUCUUUGACGUGGGGCUGCAGUUCUUCUUACAUUAUCAAGACGCGCAGGGGACCUGGAUCCGGAAUCAUAGGAGGAUCAUCAAGCACUAUCUGUACGGGUCGUUCUGUAUUGAUUUCGUGUCCUCCAUCCCGUAUGGGGCAUUGACGCUGGCCUUCCCGGCGGUGGGCAACGCCCAGGCUUUACGAUUGUUGCGAUUAUUACGACUCGCGAAAUUGCUCAGAAUUAUCCGCUCCUCAAGAUUGGUCAACAGGUAUAGAGCGGACAUGUCCGUGUCGUACGGCGUCGUGCAGUUGGUAGGAUUCGUACUACUCGCGGUGCUCUUUUGCCACUGGAUGGCUUGUGUCUGGGGCUUCGUCGGGCACUUCCAAGUGUCGAACAGUGAAGAUUUCCCCCACAAUUCUUGGAUGGGCGCUUUCGAAGGCAAUGACGUCGAGGGGAACCCCUGGUACAAGUGGAACAUUCGGAACCCGAAGCACCAGUACGUCAUCGCGUUGUAUUUCAGUAUUAUGACCCUGACUACUGUUGGGUAUGGAGAUGUCCUCGCGACGACCAUACCCGAAUACGCUUUAAUGGUUAUUAUCAUGUUCGUCGGGGGCUUCAUGUGGGCUUAUAUUAUUGGGGCGGUCUGCGCCGUGACCGCGACGCUCGACAUAAAAAAGAUAGAACACCAGCAGUUGUACGACCAGAUCAAUAGCAUGCUCGUGGACAUGUCCAUCGACCGCUCGACGGCCGCGCGCGUGCGGAGCUUCAUGUUCCAAUCCGAGGAGAUGGAACGAAGGGACGCGUACUCCGAAUUAGUUGAGUUCCUGUCUCCCGAGUUACAAGGUCUUAUGUGUGAUGAAAUUAGUGCGAGAACCUUGGGCAAGGUCAACUAUUUCGUGAGCAGGACUAAUAGAUUUCGCUUCGCCAUAUAUAAAGCGCUUACGAGACGUUUGUACGUGCCGCAGGAGCUGAUUCAUGAAGACAGAUUAUUGAUCAUCGCGAACCAGGGUGUGGUAGGUAGUGACGGGCGCAUCUACACGCGGGGCAUGGCCCUCAACACGGAUUUUUUUCUGCAGUGCGAUGAAAUCAGGGAGGCGGGCACGCUGAUCACGAGGGCUUUAAAUUAUGUGGAACUCGAGCUUUUGAGCAGGAGGGACUUCGCGCUCAUCGUGAGGCAGUUCCCUGCCGAAAGACCGUAUAUCACGGCCUUCCGCGUCUUCUACGCGCUGCGGCGCCGCGUCGCGCGGGGCGAUCUCCUGGAGGCGCCUUCUACUGGUUCUGGUGAGACGGACUUCGGCGCGUGCUUCGACGCCGUGCGGCGGGACCCGCUGGCCAUUGUGGGGUGUCCUGAGGACUUCCGCGACAACGCGGCGUUGGUGCACGAGGCUCUGAAACGCGACGCGUCGCUCAUCCGCUACGCCUCGGCGCGCCUGCGGGGCGACGCGCGCUUCGUGCGGCGGGCCAUUACCGCGGCGGGCGCGGGCUGGCCCGAGAGCGUCCUGCCCCACGUCAGCGAGGACCUCCGCGGGCUGCUGACGACGGUCUGCGGAGACGACUCGCUGCUUUGACUAAGGUGCUUAGUCCUAGUAAGACCGGAAACGAACGAUUAAAAAAAGGGCC